AUGGGGAUUGGGAAAAAUGAGAGUAGCGGUGGUGAUCAGCAGAAUAUUCAGAAUGAGGUAAUAACUGGUGGACCUCCCAAGUCACCCUGGAAGACUUCAGCGGGAAUGACUGAUGGUGCUUCCUCUCCAGUGAUGGCGCCUGAUUCGGAGUCUUGGCCUGCACUGUCCGAUGCGCAGCAGCGGUUCAAGAACAAUGUUAAUGCGGAUUCCAACUCCACCAAGUCGGUGUCGCCGCAGCCUCAGCUAGAAGCCAGCGGUGGUGGUGCUCCUCCACCUUCUGCUUCGGCUACAAUUGAGCAGCAGAAGUUGCAUGGACGUGGUAGUUUUAAGUCACCUCGUAGGCCCACAAACAUGCAUAAUCACAGAACAGGUCCCAAGCACAGCCCAAAUGGUGUGCGUCCAUUUCCUGUACCCUUACCUUUCACCCUGGACCAUUUGGGAGACCUGAAACUCAAUCGGGACCAUGAUGCCGAGACUGGUGGAAGAAGACCUAGUGCACAAGAGCAAGGUGGCCAGUUGAAUCCUUGGCAUAAUCAGCGACCAAUUGUUUCUGAUAACAACUUUCAUUUUCAACAAACCAUGGGGCCUAGGCCUUUCCUAAAGCCUCCAUUUGUUGAUCAAGCAGGCUUCAUUGAUGGACCAAACUUCCCAGGUCCUCCAGGAGCUCUAUAUUAUUUCCCUGCUGCUCCUCCAGGCCCUGUCAGAGUACCUUAUCCACCAUUUGUUGUUCAGUAUCCUUUCAACCCUGGAGUCCUCAUGCCACCCUCACCAAUGUUAGCCUUGAAAGCUAACAUCAUAAAGCAAAUUGAAUAUUAUUUCAGUGACGAGAAUUUGCAGAAUGAUCACUACUUGAUUUCCUUGAUGGAUGACCAAGGUUGGGUUCCGAUUUCAAUUAUUGCUGACUUUAAAAGGGUUAAAAGUAUGACCACAGAUGUAGCAUUUAUUCUGGAUGCGUUGCAUGCUUCGAGUACUGUUGAAGUGCAGGGUGAGAGGCUGAGGAGACGCGAUGAGUGGUCAAAGUGGAUUCCAUCUGUUACUGAUAAAUCUUCUUCUCUAGUUCCAAAUGCUAUGAAUAAUGAUGAGCUCAAUGAUAAUAAAAAGGACAGCUCUGAAAGAACCAAUGAAUUUUCUUCUCCAACAGGAAGUUCUGUGGAUCACCUACCAUCAGGUGAAGAUUCUAAAAACAAGUUGGUGAAUGAUACGGAUCAAAACAAAGAUAAGGUUCUGUUUAGUGGUAAAACCCAAGAAUCUGCUUUAGGAGAUUGUAAUUCAUGUGUGGGAAAGGAUUUCGAGUCAAAUAAUAAACAUAAUGGCCUUGACCUUAACAAAAGUUCGAGUUUCCCAGCCACUUCACAAGGAGCUGAUUCUGUGAAGUCGAACAUUACUGGAGGCUCUGAAAAUAGAAAGAAACAAUUGCAUUCAAAUCUUGCUGUGCAGAAUCUGGAUGACUUAUCUAAUGAUUUUUCAAACACAUUCAUGCUUGAUGAAGAACUGGAAUUGGAGCAGAAAACGAAGGAUCAUCCUUCUACUGGAGAAAGAGUCGACGAUGAAGAUGAUGAGAUCGUCGUUAGUGAUCAAGCUGUGGAGAGGCUAGUAAUUGUUACCCAGAAUAGUUGGACGAGUGAAGUACAAGGGGAAGAAUCAAAAAGAAUAUCCAGUGAGCUUGCUUCUGCUAUAAAUGACGGUCUAUACUUUUAUGAGCAGGAGCUGAAGUCAAAACGAUCUCAUUGUAGAAGUUGUAAGCCCAAUAAUGAAAGCAGGGACGAGAUUUCCAAAUAUUCCGUUGCAAAUGCUGCCAUAUCAAAUUCAAGGAAUCCUGAACAUUCUUCUAGUGGCCAUGAGGAGCCUGGAAAUUUGAAUUCUCGAAGGAAGCAAAAUAAAGUCAGUUCCAAGCAGCAAUAUAUUCAUAAGCAGCGACUAUUCUCUGGAAACUUUAAAGGUCAUGGAAGUGUCAGAAACUCUCUCGGCAUGUCAACUGAAAGUCCACCUAGUGAUUUAGUUGGUUUUUACUUUGGUUCUACUCCUCCAGAUAGUCAUGGGCUGAGGCCUUCAAAGUUGAGUGCUUCAUCUCACAGCAAUCUUUCUGGAAGUAGUCCGCCUGUUGGAUCGAUGCCAAAGCCAUUUCCACCAUUUCAGCAUCCAAGUCAUAAACUUCUACAGGAAAAUGGUUUCAAACAGCAGCUGUAUAAGAAGUAUCACAAGCGGUGCCUUAGUGAACGAAAAAAAUUGGGUGUUGGUUGUAGUGAGGAGAUGAAUACACUCUACCGAUUUUGGUCGUAUUUCUUAAGAAACAUGUUUAUUCCUUCCAUGUAUAAUGAGUUUCGGACUCUGGCUCUAGAAGAUGCUGCUGCUAAUUAUAAUUAUGGGAUAGAGUGUCUAUUCAGGUUUUAUAGUUAUGGUUUGGAGAAGGUACACAAAGAGGAUCUGUAUGAGGACUUUGAACAGCUGACACUUGACUUCUACAAUAAAGGAAGCAUUUAUGGCCUCGAAAAGUACUGGGCAUUUCACCAUUACCGGGAGGCACGUGACCAUAAAGAACCAUUGAAGAAACACCCAGAACUGGACAGACUGCUCAGAGAAGACUAUUGUAGUUUGAACGACUUCAAAGUUAAAACUCCUGCUGUGAAAGAAGAUAGUCACUAG